UAUUUGUACUGACGAAGAUUUUUUUUCUUUUUUAUCUUCGUCGUUGGAAGAAUAGGAAAGAAAUACGAGAGAUUUAUGGAAGUUAUAUAAAUGUAUUACAUGUAUUUUACAAACACAUAUGCCUAUAUGUUGUGGAUAAACAGAGUCAGUACUAUUACUUAAGUAUCAUGAUAACCAAGAGCGCGCAACAGGAAGUCGAUUUAACAUCGAGAUAAUUAUAGAGUUGUACAGACAAGAUAUUUGCAUGAUGAAUCAUCAUCACGUAAUAUUAACCUUUGAAAAAUCUUAUAUCGUGAAGCAGUAUAUUGCGUGUUAAUCGUGGAAACAACACUGUUGCUAAAAAAUAGCGUCGAGCUGAUUCAAUCCUUUGCAUUUGAUAGUUUUUUCGCUUUUUAAAAAACUAGCAACUCAAAAUGUUUUGAUGAAAAAGUGAUGAAAUUUUUUACCACCAACAUAAAAAUAAACAAUAUAUAAAUUAACAGAUAUGGAGAAUUAUUGUAGAGAACUAUUGCAUGUUUCAAAAAUUCAUGUAUUUUUACAUUAUAGAAAAUUUUAUAUCGAAUAUUCAAUUACUAUAAUCAACAAUAGUUGAAACAAUAAGUACAAGGAUUUACUACAAAGUGUACCUAAAUCGAACAUAAACAGUUAGUGUCGCCUCGCACUCGCCAUUCGAGUUGCCUCUUCAAAUCAAGUGACGAUUGAUUGUGAAAGUCGUUUCUCAAGUGCAAAAAAUCAAUAUUCUAUAUCAAUUCUCAAUGUGACUAUAAUGUGUGUAUGUCAUUUUAUUUAAUCCGGAUAUCUUUUUAAGAAUGCGAGUCCAAAGAAACAUAUUACUUUGCCGAGUCUCAGUAGGAAGAACUUCGAGUGAGGCAAUCAUUUGAUACGAGAAAGAACGCUUAGGAUACAGACUGUAAAAACAAAAGAUCCAACAUUAUGAGUAAGAAAGGAUAUCAGAAUAUAUGGAGGAGGCGGACAACAAAUCCGCAGACAUCUAGCAGCUCCGAGGGCAGCUUGGAAUCCGUCAUAUGUCACGCAGCACAAGACGAGUCGACGACGCAGAAACAACCUUGGAGCAAGGAGGAGAUCGAAAAAGCAUUAUCAAGUCUUCCGAGAGGCGACAUAGCUUUAUCUCUGAUUCCUACUCUUCAUGGUGAUGCUCUACAAAAGGUUCUGGAAGAAUUUCAAUGUGUGACUCUUAACAAAAAUGAGGAUAGCAAGCAUAGCAUAUCGUUGCCCACGUGUGCAGAUGAAAAUGAGGAAAACGCUAUAUUGGUUGACGAAAAUAGAGCAGCGGCUACCAUGACUCCGGUACAACUACUUGCAGAAUGGCCGGAUACGUGUCUACUGAUUUCUAGCUGGCUGGGUCAUGUAGAAUUAGUUAAGGCUUUGAUAGAAAAAGGUGUGCCAGUUUCUACGAAAGACAAUGAUGGAAGGACACUGCUACAUCUGGCAGCAUGUACCGCGUCUACGAAGAUCGUGGAGGAGCUACUGAAACAUGGUGCUGAUCCAUGUGAGUGGGAUUUCGAGAAGAAAUAUGCCCCGUUGCAUUGUGCUGCCGCAGCUGGUUGCGUUGAUACAGUUAAAUGCUUGAUCAAGUCAAAGGCAGAUGUGGAUGCCAGAAGAAGUCCACUUUAUUACGCCGUGCUGAACAAUGCUGUGGAUUGCGUCGAAACUCUACUACAAGCAGGUGCUUGUCCUGAUAAUCCACAGGUUUAUACAAAGAUGCCUUUGCAUGCGGCGGUUACUUUGGGCAAUGUUCAUUGCAUCAAGUUGUUGUUGGAUCACAACGCGGAUGUGACAGUCAAAAUGGGACCCACGAAAUCGACGCCUCUACACUUGGCAGCGGAUAAGGGUAAUGUGGAAUGCAUUAAAUUACUGUUGGACGCCGGCGCGAGGACCGAUUCAAAGAACUCGAAUGGUCAAACGGCGAUGCACUUGGCAACGCUCGCCCAAUCUGUAGAUACGAUAAAGGAGUUGAUUAGAUUUGACGCAAAUGUGAACGCAGAGGAUAAGGAAGGACGCACUCCUCUACAUUUUGCGGUUUUAAGUGUCCGGAAAAGCAGCGAACUGGUCAAGACUUUAAUAAAAGCAGGUGCAUCAGUUAAUAAAGCGGACAAGUGCGGUUACACGCCGCUGCAUCUUGCAGCAUUGAACGAGAAAUCGCGGACGGUGAUGAUGUUGUUGUCAAAAGGUGGCGAUGUAACAGCGCGUGCCAAAGACGGCGUCACCGCUCUUAGCAUCAUCGUACGCCGUACUCCGGAGGUGUUAUCGCAACUUGCGACACGUCUCGAUCAAGCAGUCACAUUACUCGAUCACGAGCAUGGCGAUAUAGGCUGUGAACUGCGAGUGGAUUUUCGACCAUUAGUCCCAUUGAGCAGUCGCAACGAAACGGAUUUGAUGCUCUGUCUAGUGGAGGUCGGUCAAGGUCACAGGCUAAAGCAUCCAUUAUGCGAGAGUUUUCUCCAUCUAAAAUGGAAGCGUAUUCGCAAGUUUUUCGUGCUCAAUCUUCUGUUCCAUUUAGUCUUCGUCGCUUUCUUCACCGGUUUCGUCUGCGCGACAUAUUUGUGGAACGAAAACCCGCUGAGCAGUGUCCUUUUCUCGCCAGUAUUAACUGUUACCUGCUUAUUUGCGAUUAAAGAGAUCUUCCAAAUUACCUAUGGUAUUUACUAUUAUACUAAACACUGGGAAAACUGGUUACAGUGGAGCGUGAUAGUGGCAUCCAGCAUCAUCUUAAUUCCUCCAUUUCAAUAUCCAUGGCAAUAUCACGUUGCUGCCGUAGGUAUUCUGCUGGCCUGGAUCGAGCUGAUGAUUGUGAUCGGUUAUUUCCCCAUGUUUGGCCUCUAUGUACAAAUGUUUACGCGAGUGUCCAUCAAUUUCUUCAAAUUUCUCACAGCCUACUUUUGUCUCAUAAUUGGCUUCUCUCUUAGCUUUAAUGUGCUGCACGGCAGUUACAAGUCCUUCACUGAUCCGUUGCUCAGUAUGCUUAAGAUGAUAAUUAUGAUGUCCGGUGAGCUGGAAUUCGAGGACGUUUUCCUCAAUGAGCCACUUAAGUAUCCUGGCACGACGCAUGUUAUGAUUCUUUGCUUCGUUAUCCUGGUAACAGUGAUACUAAUGAAUCUAAUGGUUGGUCUGGCUGUGUCGGAUAUCCAGGAGAUACGUAGAACAGCGGAUCUCGAACGAUUGGUGCGUCAUGCCGAGAUAAUAGGUCGUUUCGAAAAUAUGCUGUUUUCUAAGUUGAUUGAUUACACUCAUGCGUGUAAAAUAAUACAAGCGUGCAGAAAGACUACUCUAUUGUUGCGUUCACCGCAACAGUGUGCUAUACGUAUUCGGCCGAAUGAUCCGCGCGAAAAGCGUCUGCCACGAGAGCUCAUUCAGUCAUUGUAUCGUCUGGCCGGCGAGCAGAAAAUGCGACGAAGAACUUCCCGCGAUGGCGCGCCUAAGCCACCACCCCAAAUCCUCGUCGCGAAUGAAUCGAAUUAUGUGAGACUCCACAGAACGUACAGCAAUGACGGUAAUCAACAGCAACUGGACGAACUCGUGGCUGAGCUAAAGGAAUAUUCCCAUGACAUCAGUAUCAGGUUGGAUAGCUUGACGAACAAGAUUGAGAGUUUCGCCCGACCAGAUUUGACGAUGCAUUUGUAACAUUAUUAAUAUUGCCUAAUGUUUUAUAUGGUUGAACAAUUGAACUGCUUUAAAAAAGCGAAACCGAGACUCGGAUGGUCUAUCGAAACAGAAUCUGAAAUUCAAAGUAGGAACGCAAAGAUGUGAUAUACUCAAGUAACUACACUGAGAAAAAUCGUUUGAUUGUAUCAACAAGAUGUAUAUGAUUGAAGGCAUAUUGGUCAAACAAG